CUUGGCGGAUUCUUCAGAUUUUCCACUGCACCCGGUACACCUUACUCCACACAUACGGACAAUAGUUCUGCAGCUCACUUCCAGGGUUCCAAGCACACCAAAGGCAGCAUCCCAACCACACCUCCCCCAGGCAGCAUCCAGGCCACGUCUCCCCCAGACAUCACCAGACACACACAAGCCACCAGAGAUCACCUCACUCCAGAGAUAGAAUUGAGACUGAUUACCAGAGAAUGCCCCUUGUGGCACGAGACCACUGACCAGUGUCCAUUCACUGACCCAUUCUGGGCCUUCUAUUGGCCUGGUGGUCAAGCUCUUACAAGGUAUAUCUUGGAUCAUCCCGAGUUGAUUGAAGGCAGAUCUGUAUUAGAUGUAGGAUCAGGUUGCGGUGCUUCAGCUAUAGCAGCGCGUAUGGCAGGAGCUAGCAGAGUACUGGCCAAUGAUAUUGAUCCUGUUGCAAUCCAAGCUAUUGAAAUAAAUGCUGCCCUCAAUGGUAUCACAUUGGACACAAGUGCCAAGAACUUGAUAUGCCAGCCAUGCUUAAAAGACAACCAAUGGGAUGUGGUGUUUCUUGGUGACAUGUUCUAUGAUAAAGACUUUACUAACAUGGUUGUUGAUUGGCUGAUUUGUUUGAUCAGGAAACACAACAGUCGGAUUUUAAUCGGUGACCCUGGUCGGGUUUAUUUGAGGGAUCAUCCCAUGAGAGAAAACCUUAUCAAACUAUUUGAGAUUGAACUACCUCCAAAUUGUGUGGAAGAGAAUAGGGGUCAUAGUUCAGGGUAUGUAUGGGAGUUUGUAUUAUUUUAGUCCUAAAUAGAUCUAUAUCAUAAACAUAUUAUGUAUAUUAAAGUAUAUUUGCCAUCAGCUGCAUGCAAGGAUGAUGCAACUGUCAUUGACAAUUCAAAACUGUUCU